AUGUUGAAGCUUGUGCUGAUCGUCGUUGUGGCCGCCUGCUGCGUGAGCGCCGCCCCCAAGGCUGGCCUCGCCCCCCUGGCCUACUCCGCCCCCCUGGUGGCUGCCGCCCCUGUGGCCUACGCCGCCCCCGCGCCGGCCGUCGUGACGGCGCACAGCUCGCAGUACAUCGCGCAGAACUUCAACGGACUCGCCGUGGCCGCCGCCGCCCCCGUCCUUGUUCUGGUGCUGGCUUUGGCCGCCUGCUGCGUGAGCGCCGCCCCCAAGGCCGGCCUGGCCCCCCUGGCCUACUCCGCCCCCCUGGUGGCCGCCGCCCCCGUGGCCUACGCCGCCCCCGCGCCGGCCGUCGUGACGGCGCACAGCUCGCAGUACAUCGCGCAGAACUUCAACGGACUCGCCGUGGCCGCCGCCGCCCCCGUCGUCGCCGCCGCCCCUGCAGUCGCUGCCGCGUACCACGCCGCACCUGCUGUCGCUGCCGCGUACCACGCCGCGCCAGCCCUUGCUCUGAUGCUGGCUUUGGCCGCCUGCUGCGUGAGCGCCGCCCCCAAGGCCGGCCUCGCCCCCCUGGCCUAUUCCGCCCCCCUGGUGGCCGCCGGCCCCGUGGCCUACGCCGCCCACGCGCCGGCCGUCGUGACGGCGCACAGCUCGCAGUACAUCGCCCAGAACUUCAACGGACUCGCCGUGGCCGCCGCCGCCCCCGUCUGUCAAGGGUCGUGCUCAAACAUCGACGACAAUGUUGAUAUGGAAGACUGUGACGAUCUGGAGUAA